AUGAACAGACAUCGAUGGACAAAAGCUCAAUUGUCUCGAGAACGACAGCUGGACCGGACCAAGCACGAAGUCGAGCGAGAGCAAGCCAAGUUCCAGAUGGAAUGCAUGGCAAAUAAGGUUGAAAACCUGCAGCAAACAGUAAACUUGUUAUCAAAUGACUUGCAGAACCCCAAGGAGCAGCUUACACCUCGUGUACGAGAAGCGAGAGUCAACAUGGCUGUAACGCACGGAGUGAAACUCAACGAGAAACGUCGGUAUAGGCAAGCCAAUGUGUACUUAUCGUUGAUUGUCGAUGUGGCAUCGAGCAUCAAUUUCGAUCUGAGUGCCUCGAAUAUGCUACCUUCUUUAUCUUGUCCGACGCGCACAGGUCGUUAG